AUGGACGCCGCCUACUUCUUCCCUCUCACUUCGACUAUCGUGACUUGCAAUUCCCGGUCAUCCGUCGAUAAAGGCAACAGUAGAGUUGCAAUUCUCGCCGACUCACCUCUUAAUACGAGUUUGGUUUUGCCCUAUUACUUCGCCUGGCCAGAAAAUCAGAAGAAAAAGAAGCCGUCGCCUCAAGAAGAGGCAGGAGACUUCUCGGUGGGUUUUCUUUCUUGGCGUCGACGUUUCCCCCAAAACUUCUUGCCACCUACUGCUUGCUUCGAAGCGCUGAUGCAAUGUGCCUCGCUGCCUCUACUUCCUUUUGUCGAGUCACCCUCUAUUAAGAGCUCCAGUCGCCAUGUCUUAUGCUUUUCAAGUAAAGUUGUUUUUGAAAAUUUGAAGUUUGUUGUUGCAGCUAAGGAGCAUGUGGUUGGAAGGUACAACACUGGCCUAAAGCUAGGGGGAAAUGAUCUUGAUGUUCAUGGUCUAUUUAAUGAGAAUGUGCAGAUAUGUUGGGCAUUUUCUAUCUAUUUGGAAGCUGUUGCUAUUCUCCCACAGUUGGUUCUGCUGCAGCGAAGGGGAAAUGUUGACAAUUUGACUGGUCAAUAUGUUUUCUUUCAAUCUGAAAAUGAGAUCUUUGAAGAGGUUUUGAGGGACCCCAAAAGACGAAUAACAACUCAUGGUGUUCUUUCAACAACACAAAUUGAAUCAGCUCUGGAAUGCAGUCGCGAAUUGGCUCCGGAAAAUUGUCAAAGACUGGUGAACAUUAACCAUCAAGAAAUUCCGGCAGCAACUGCUCCACCACCACCAGCUGCCGCCGCCACACCACCUCCAGUUACCACUACGCCGCCACCACCUGCAGUGACAGUCAACAAUGAAAACGAUGGGUUUGACUUUUUUGAUCCCCGUGGUGUUGUUCCUGCUCCUGCCCUUGCGUUUGCCCUGCAAGGAUCAGGUGGUGGAGAGAUGGAGGAUUUGUUUGGUUCUCUAUCAGAGUCUUUCUCUUCUUCAAAUGCUUUGGCUGUUGUAACAUCUACUUCAUCUAUAACCACUGAAGUUCAUCCUCCAGCAAAUACUAAUCCUUAUCUCACCUUCGAUACCUCAUCGACCAGUCGGGCAUUUGAUGAUCCGUUUGGUGAUGGCCCUUUCAAAGCUGUUCCUUCUACUGAUGGAUUUUCGGCUUAA